AUGGUGGUUCACAAGAUGUGUGUUAUCUUCGGGCUGAUUGCCUUACUUCAUGCAGCCUUUUCUGCAGCCCAGCAUCGCACUUAUCUCAGGCUGACAGAACAGGAGUUUACAAUGCUGCCUCAAGAUAUUUUCCUUCAGUGCAUUUUAGGACUCCUACUCACUUGCUAUGGUGUAGUGAAUGUUGCCGGCAACUUUAGAGAGAUUAAAGCCAGUGCAGAACAAGAUAGCAAGACCUGGGAGAUGCUCAGUAACAGACAAGGUUUCAACAUAUUUCAUCAUCGAGGGAAGGCUUUAUUUCAGCGAGCUCAUGCCUGA